AUAAAGUUCAGCCAAAAUUUGAAGUAAACCAGACAUUGAAUCAGAAGAUAGCCUUGUUCAGAGGAGACAUAACUAAAUUAGAGAUUGAUGCCAUAGUAAAUGCUGCCAAUAGCUCUCUAGCUGGCGGAGGUGGAGUUGAUGGAGCCAUCCAUUCUGCUGCUGGUCAAAGACUACUGCAGACAGAAUGUAAAACUUUGGGCGGCUGUAAGACUGGAGAGGCUAAGAUCACUGGAGGAUAUAAGCUGCCAGCCAAAUAUGUAAUCCAUACUGUUGGUCCAGUGGGUGAGAAUGAGGACAGAUUGAAAAGUUGCUACGUGUCUUGUCUGAACCUGAUGAAAGAGUACAAACUGAGGACAGUGGCGUUCCCCUGUAUAUCCACUGGCAUAUAUGGUUAUCCCAAUGAGCCUGCCUGCGAUACUGCACUAUCCUGUGUUAGAAACUGGCUUGAAGAGGGAGACAAUGCAGAUACUGUUGACCUCAUAAUAUUCUGCCUAUUUCUCCCUGUGGAUGUUGGAUUCUAUGAGAGCAAGAUGUUGGAUUAUUUUCCUCUUCCAUCUGACUUUUAUGGAGGAGAUGGCGAUAAUGGCAACAACACUUCCACUAAAGAUGAUAAAUCAAAAUCAGUGGAGAAGACGGCAGCAGCUGGUUCCAGCACCACCCAAGCUGAAGAUACAUAUAUGGAUGUUGCCAUGGAAUCACAGCCAGAGGAAGCUCUGGAAGAGACAUCUAACACCCAACCUAUGGCCUCACUAGAUAUGGAAGACGAUAACAUGCUCACUUCACAGAGCUCUGAAUUAGACUCAAAAGAAGGCAACGGAAAUGAUGUGGAAAUUGAACAGGAAGGUCUUCAUAGCACUAGAGAAGAAGCAGCGUCUGGUGUUAAGAUUGACACCGAAUUGAAAGAUAGUUUGCCAAAUAAAGAGAAUCUUGAUCAUGAGGAUGGUAUACAGGAUGAGGCACAAGCCAGAAUGUAAACUCAUUUAAUUUACUUUCCAUAACUCACAGCUACAAAUAUGGUCAAAAAAUUCAAGAAUAGAUAUGGGGAUGACAUAGGCCAGAACCUAAUACACAUAUCUGGACCUUGGCUGUAACUAUGAUAUAAUAUAAAUAUAAGUUGUAAACUUGCUGCCUUAAAGGCCGUAUCAAUCAUAUGUUUUCCAUUUUUUUUUUUUUAAAUCCUGUCCUUAAUUGAAAUGAAUUGGAAGGAAAGUACUAUGAUAAUUGGUUUACAGAUGUUAUGUAUUAUACAUAAUUGAUUAAACAAUGAAAUGAGGUUUGAAUUUCCUUGAAAUAAUUUACAUAUUCUGGUAGCCUAGGAUAAGAAAAAAUCAUUAGUAUUGUUUUUAUUAUUACAGCAACUUGAUGUUUCUUUUGUUAAUAAUCUGUAUAUGGGUGGUGAUUAACAGUGCCCAGAUAAUAGACAAAGUGGGAAGUUAAAAUGUAUUGUGAAAAAUAAAAACGUACCAUGU